AUGACAUUGUGGACGAGUGAGUGGAUCACCGAAGUAAAGGGUUGCGGAGGCUACGUCACGAGCGUUGAUCGCGACCAGCGCCCAUCAGGAGCGCCUGCCGACGCCCGGGAGAUGGCGGAGCCUGGCCCAGGGACGACACUUAGUGAACGACUGCGACGUCACGAGCAGUUGCAACGUCCUUUGGACGUCGCCGUGCCACCGCAACGUUCUUUGGACGUCGCCGUGCAGCCGCCACGUACUUUGGACGUCGCCGUGCCGCCGCAACGUUCUUUGGACGUCGCCGUGCCGCCGCAACGUCCUUUGGACGUCGCCGUGCCGCCUCAACGUUCUUUGGACGUCUCCGGGCCGCCGCAACGUUCUUUGGACGUCGCCGUGCAGCCGCCACGUACUUUGGACGUCGCCGUGCAGCCAUCUCCUUCGGAGCCAUACUGGGAGAUGGGCAACACGGCUUCCGCUACCGCCCCAGCAUUCCCUACUGCCACAGCUGUCGAUCUGCCAGGAGCAACAGCAUCGGUUUACCGCAUUGUGGUAGGCAACCUGCACCUGAGCCCCAUGAUCAUGCGGUUCGUCCUCAGCAAGGAAUGCCAGGACAAGCGGGAAGAUGAGACCUACCGGCAGUACGUGGAUCGCCUGAGGACAGAAGCAAAUAAGUCGCCAAUCACGAACAAUGAAUGGAAAAAGGCACUAGGAUUCUCAUCAUACGUUUUUAACAAGUUAACUGAUGUCAAGGAGCAAGACGUCACAGGCAUCUUCAGUCUGCUCAACUACAUUCUCACCACAGUUCACAGAGACAAUUCGCAGGAUUGUGGAGAACUGCUCAAGAAGUUGAAGAACGUCAAGAAUUUUCGAAAUAAAGCCUUCCACAACCUCACUGCCGUCCAGAACGAGCAAACCCUAAUCGAUCUUAUAGCAGCUCUGAAUGAUCUGAUUGAUGAAGCCGGGAGAUUUUACGCUCUUCCCCCAAAUGAGAUCUAUGAUAUUAAACGCGAAUUAAAUCAGGACAUAUCCAAAUUGGAUCUGAAUCAGAAGAGCAUUUACUAUUGGUGUUCUCGGCUGAUGAUGAACGGCAAACAGGCCGUGCAAGUUCUUUGGAAGGCCAGGCUAUCCAGUGAAGUGCUCGGUCUAGGCGAUGAAACAAUAAAGGUCCAGCGUCGAGACGUAUUCCACGCAGCAGAGGUGAAGGAGAGGGCAGGCACUAGCGGAGAGGGCUUUUCUUACACAAAAAUUUUCAAUGGAUGUGAGGAGAUUAUCUUAGUAACGGGCGUCGCCGGCGCAGGUAAGACAACCCUCGUCAAGAACAUCGUGCUGCAAUUCUUCGACCUGCAACAAGGGACUGCCGAUUACCUUAGCUCUUUUGACCAACUCAUCUUCUUCGAGUGCAGGGAUCGCAUCAAUCAAGAACUGAGUGACGUUAUAAAGCUCCAUUUUAAUGAUUUGUGCAACGAACCAGGUGGUCAAGUGAAAGUCCUUGAUGCCAUUUUACGACUUCGUGUCUUAUUCAUCAUCGAUGGCUUUGACGAAAUCAACGAAUUUUCCAUGAAAGUCGUGACCGAGAUUAUCAAAUUGUCGUGGCGUCCUAACUGUCGUGUGUUGAUCACGACUCGUCCUCAUGCCGUAAAAGCGAAGCUGGCACCGCUCCUGAGCAGCAACGAUGUCAGCUCUGCUGAGUACGAGAUCCUGCCGCUCACGAAGCUUGCCGACCAACUUGAAUUCUUGCAGCGGUAUGAAAAGGCCCUGAGCGUCGACACUCCGACUGGGGAGAUGGCAAAGAGCUUCAAGUCACUCAGUGAAGAUGUUAGAAGUCAAUUCACUGAACCAAUUAACUUGGUUCAUUUCUGUGAGAUGCAUAAGCACUUCCCUGAAGAGAUAUCCUUGUGGCAGUCGCCAGGGGACGUGGCGCCAUCCAUUAUUCGCUUGUAUAAAAAACGCAUCCUGUCGAAAUUGGCGGAUUCGAACUACAGCGCAACUGACGUCUUGGUUGCCGACCUGUUUGAUGUAAUCGGUCGUGAGGCGUUGGAGCUGCUGCGCGACAACAGCGUAACAUUGUCGGGAGAGGAGCUCCUUGAAUUGAAGAAGAAGUGUAAAGAAAAAAUAGAUGCUACUGGGAAAUUCGACCCGGAAAUUGUUCUUUCAGUUUUACUGAAGGAGCAAAAGCCACUAUUUAAGUUAGGUGACAAGAGCUAUACCUUCCCGCACAAGACGGUGCAUGAGAUCGUCGCUGCAGACCACGUCGUGCAGCGCAUCCGUGCAGGCAAAGACUCUCUCGCCUGCAUCCUGGGAGCCAAGACAGAGGAAAUACCACGAUUCUAUUCGCUGGCGCUGCUGGGCAGUAGGCUUCGUGCAGAGGAGCUGCGGCGGCUGCUGCGCGCGCUGCACGGGGCAGGAGUGCGGACGGGCGACGGGGGCGACACGCACGCCAACUUCGGGCCUGCAGAGAGGGAACGCUUGCAUCGCUUGCACCCCCGGUGA